AUGAUCGACUCGACGCCUAUCCCACAGCUUCCUGAUCGCGCAGGAGGGAUACUUGAGCAGGGAAAUGUGCUCUCUUUGCGGGACCAGGAGGCUAAGCUCGAUCAAAUACAGAAGGACAAUUUCAGUCUAAAAUUGAAAAUCUACUACCUGGAAGAGGCGCUGCGAAAGUCUGGAAACGAGUUCCAUCAAAAUACGCUCAAAGAGAAUCAGCGACAGCGGGAUGUCAAGCAACUCGAACAAGAGCUCAACUUGGCACGUUUGAGUGGUCAGGGCGAUGCGGAAAGUGCGCGCCAACAACUCGCGACCUUGCAAGCCUCGUUGGAGCAGAAACAUAUGGAAGCCCAGCAAGGGCUCGAGGAUGAGAUUCUUGUUCUAGAGACCAAUUUAGAAGACCUCCAGGCGGCCAACGGCGUAUUGCACUCGCGUGUGCGUGAGCUUGAGACAGAAUCUCAGGCUGCUAGGCGUUUCAAGGAGAAUGGAACUCCAGUGCGUGAGCGCAAUGAGCUUCGGCACAAGUUGGUGGCGGUGGAGAGUGAACGAGAUGCUCAAAAAUCACAAAUCGAACGCCUCGAAACAGAACUCAACGAGGCCGUCGCGGCGAAGACAAGCGGCACGCCGAUCCGCGAACGAAACGACCUGCGACAAAAAUUACGUGAGUCAGAAAGGAAAUUGGCGAGCCUGCAGGACAAGGUUGAGACGCUACAGAGUGAGCUAGAGUAUCUCCAGCAGGAAAAGACCAUCGCGGCAGAACGCUCCGAUCUUCAUGAACUACUCAAGAAAUCCAAGAUUGAAGCCGAGCAACUACAAAUCGAACUCGAUCGUCGAGAUCGCCUCGCAGCUGUACAAGCAAAGAGCAGCACACGGAAAGAAAGCAGUAGCCUAGUGCAGGAACAACUUGAUGUCGCGCUCGCUGACGUUGAAGACUUGCAGUCGCAAGUUCUGGAUCUCGAGGCCCGCUUGAGGGAAUCUUUGGACAAAGAGCGAAAACUGCGCGCGCAAUCUAAGACUCUCAGCGAUGCCCAAGCCCGUCUCACAGAUCUCGAAAACCAGGUUCAGGAUCGCACUGGCAGUGCUACCGGUCAUGCUCGUCGCGAAGCUGAAUUACGCGGACAAUUGCGCAUCGCGUCCGCAGACCUGGAACGCCUUCAACUUGAUAUCACGGAGAAGGACGGCCUGCUCGAGGCUGCUAUGCGUAAGGAAACAGAGCUUCGUGCCCGUCUCCGAAAGGUGCAGACGACUGCAUCGUCCACUGCAGCAGCCGACGACACGCUUCGCUUCGAACGUCAGGAUCUCCUCGCGCAACUCGACGAUGCGGAUCUUGAGUUACAGGCGCUUCAGGCACAGCUUGGCGAGAGAGAAGCGAGACUAUCUGCUUCGCUCGCCCGAGAGGCCGAGCUGCGAGGCAAGAUCAAGACACAGAGGAACAGUAUCAACAACGAUGCAAAGAGCACCGAGGAACUCGCUCGACAGCAACAACACAUUCAAGCACUUGAGAAACGACACGAGGGAGAAUUGCGUGGAUUGGUCCGACAAAUCCAAUACCUUCGCGCUCGAUGCGCCAGAGAAGAGGGGUUCCGUGCGGAUCUAAGCUUCGUAAAGAAAUGGUUCAUGCUGCAGGUGGAGAUGUACAGCGCUUGCAACCAAGCCGAUCUCCGCCUGCUGUCUGACAUGGGUAUCCCGACACCUGCUGCCGCAUUGAUAUCCUCGGGACAACAACAACAACAACUUCCGAAAUCACGGCCAACACUUCGCUCCGUCGGCACUGCUGUCAUCGCGUGCUUGAGGCUGCGCCGUUGGCAAGAAUCUUGGGCAGGACAUCAGAAGCUUCAUGACUCGUUGGUGAAGAAACUCGAGGGUAUGAAACGUCGUGGAGGUAGGCAGGAAAAGGAAAGAGCGAGCAAUGCCAAGGAGGCCCAUUGACGGAAAUGCGAAUCGUGUGCAAAUUCUCAGCAUGGUUGAACGGUAAAGACGGCGUUGAUUGGGUCUGAAAUGCUUCCGGGAUUGAGUUCAUGACGAAACGCUAAUGCAUAUCACGAGGGCGUUUAUUUAAAAUGAAAUGUUCAUAUUAUGGCCACUCGCACUGUACGAAUUGACGAAUAUUCUACGUGGCUACAUCAAGUGACAAGAGGCUGAACGGCAAACAACUUAUCAAACAGGUUGCCAGGAUCAUAUCUCGCUUUGAUCGCCUGCAAGCGAGCAUAGUUCGCUCCGAACACGUCCCUCGAGACCUCGUCGAGAUCGUAGUUGCCAUAUAGCAAUACCGCUCCCUUCUCACCUCGCGCUCCCACGCCUCCCUCCACGCCGUCCUUGCUACCCACAUUCACGCCCUUACUUUCUAGCUCCUCCCUGAACAGCCCAGCGAUAU